AUGGAGCAGCAGACGAAGGUUCACGCGGUGACGGCGGCGGCGGCGGCGGCUGCUGCCCAAGGAUCCGGGCGCCACGGGGUGGUCGACUUGACUCCGCAUUCCUCAGCCGCCGUGCCAGCAACAAGUGCGACAGGGCAAGGGGGAGCUGCAGCAGCAGCGCCAACAGGAGGAGGAGAAGCCAACGGGGCGCCAGAGAACGGCAUCGAGAAAAAGGCGAAACCGAUGACGAGAAAAACGCCGGUGCCGCUGUGGAAAGCCAGGGACAUCCUCCUGCAGGCGGUCAGCGACAGCGGCGGCGAGUCGGAGUUCCUGCAGGCCCACUCGGCGUUGUCAUCAAUAUAUCGGGGGAUGGGGAGGGAAAGAAGGAGCCCCCCUGUCAGCGGCGACGACGUCGGGGACGACGUUGAGCACGUCUUCUCGAUACGGCUAGAGGUGCUCGUGGACACCGAGGAGCUUGGCCAGAACGAGCAGGACGCGCCCCUGGCGUGGUUCGGAGCGCAGCCGCCCCCUCGCUCUACUCGCUGCUCGCCACCGAGCCGCUCGCCCGAGUUCUUGGAGGACGACCCGACUCUCCCCAGGUCGUUCCUGCGGAGCCCCCCCCCAAGCAGCAUCUCCGUGUCGCGCGGCGAUAGCGACGAAGGUCGCGAGGCCUGCGAUGGCGGAGGAGGAGGAGGAGGAGGAAAGGGACGUCUGGGAUUUGGUGGAGAUGAGGCAGGCGCUGCUGCUGCUGCCGGGAUCGCGGCGGCCGGGGUGGGCGCGGCGCACGUGCUCACGGGCCCGGGGAGGCUGGAGGACGGCGCGUGGGGGGAGGCGUCGUCCGGCUGUCCGGGGAUGAGGUACUACGGCGGAGCGCGAUUCGAACCUCUGUCAAGAAAACGACGUUCAUCGGGGGGAGCCGUAGCAGCGGCAUCGAGAGGUGAUGGUGGAAGCAGUGAGGGAGGCGUCUCGGAAGCAGGGGACAUGGGCGAACCGUCCCCUUGUUGGCGCGCGUACGGCGGGCACUGGCUCGUGCUUCCGCAGGUGGAACUGUCUAGCGUUGCGGCUGCUGCUCAGGCUGGUGGCGGGCGGCCAGCAGCGGUUCUGGCGGUCAACCUUCGCUGGACUGGCGCUGAUGGGAGCACCGCCCCAGCCGUGGCUUCCACUGGCAACACCUCUGCUGUCCGCAGCGGUAAAGACGGCGUGGAAGGGGAGAGGAAGGCUGAUAUCGGGGGGGAAGAGAGCACCGCCGCCGGGAGCGGUGCUUCGGACGUGGGUGCGCCUGCACCGGCCCCACCGGAAGCGUCAUCCACCGCAACGGCGGCAUCCAAGGGCCCGGUUACGGCGGCGAUCGGCGCGGUAGGGGGAUACGGUUGCGAGCGAGACCGGCAACGCUCCGGCUCGGGAGCGGUAGCAGCAGCAGGAAAAGGGGGCCGACAACCAGGGGGGCAGGAUGGGCGGGGGGGUGGCGGGGGACUAGCCGCCGCGCGGGCGAGGGCGGCGAGGACUCUGUCCAGGAUAGCGUGUCGUUUCGCUAGGCCCGGGACGGAGGCGGAGCUCCCGCUCCCGCUCACUGCGGGGGAAGAUGGCGACCCGGUGACGAACACGGAGGGUCCGGAGUACCGAAGGUGGGAGAGGGGUAUCGAGCGCGCCCUGGACGAUAUGGACAAAGAAAGGUACUGCAAGGUGGUCCUGGCCCGCACGGCCCGGUUGCGGUUCGCGGGGCCCCUUUCCCCGCCGAACGUGCUGGCGCGCUUCAGGGGGCACUACGGCUUCCUCUUCUGCCUGCAGCCUGAUGCGAGCACGGCGUUCUUGGGGUGCACGCCGGAGCGUCUUUUCCUGUCGAAGGGAUCGACGGUGGUGACGGAGGCGUUGGCGGGUACUAGGGGGAGGGGGGACACGACAACCGAGGACGAGCGGUUGGGCGAGGAGCUCAUGGACAGCGAGAAGUUUCGGGGGGGGGGGGGGGGGCUACGUGUGGUGUUGGCGUUGGUUGACGUACGCGAGAACGCCAUCACGGCAGACUACGUGUCCGCGGCGCUGCGGAAGGCGGGGGCGGUAAAGCUUAACUGUUCAGAGCCGUCGUUAAAGCGCCUGACUCACGUCCAGCACAUCUGCAGGCGCAUCACGGCAACGCUGGCCCCCGGCACCGACAACGACUGCAGCGAAGGGGGAUUCUGCAGAGACGACGCGGAAGGGGGGGGGCAGGGGAGAGGGGCAGGGGGCGCCGGGCGGUCGCUCCUCCGGGAGAUGCACCCUACGCCGGCGGUGUGCGGGACGCCUCGCGACGUGACAUACUCCGUGAUCGGGGAAGUUGAAGGCUUCGACAGGGGUUUCUACGCCGGUCCGGUGGGAUACAUCUCCGCCGGGGCUAGCGAAUUUGGGGUGGCCAUCCGCAGCGCUCUGGUCACAGAUUCAUGGAGCUCUCCUGAGGGGUUUUCACGGCGAGGGGGGGUUCUUGGCUCCGCUGGGGGGCCCGCGGCAAGGGGCGUGGGGGGGGGGUCUGAAAUGACCCUGUUUGCUGGCGCUGGGAUCGUGCCCGGGUCGGUUGCUCUUUUGGAGUGGGCAGAAACUGGGGUUAAGAUGAAGAAUUUUCUUUCGCUGUUCCCCGCGCGGCCGGUGAGGGGGCUCCGUGAAAUGCCCAACGUUAACUCCCUCUGGGGCGCGCUCGUGGUGGAGGAGCUGGUGCGGCUGGGGGUCCGACACUUCUGCGUUUGUCCUGGGUCUCGCUCUGCUCCCCUGGCCGUGGCGAUUGCCAGGCAUCCAUCAGCGGUUUCGAUAUCUCACCACGACGAACGCGGAGCGGGUUUCUACGCCGUAGGCUUUGCUCGCGCGGGGCCGGGAAGGGGGGGCGGGGCGCACUCGUCCUCCACGUCUGACAAGGCCGGCGGCGGUGGCGGCGGCGGUGUGGGUAGUGGGGCGCUGGGGAUGUGCGCCGUUGUGACCAGCUCCGGCACGGCGGUGGCGAACCUGUUGCCGGCCGCGGCGGAGGCGGACGCGGCGGGAUUGUCGAUGUUGCUGCUCACGGCGGACAGGCCGCCGGAGCUGCGGGGGUGCGGCAGCAACCAGACCAUUGAUCAGGCGAGAUGCUGCAUGGUUAACCUUCUUGGCUCGCGCGCGAGACUGUCUCUGGACGUGCAGUGCCCCACGGACGAAGUGAGCGCGGCCUGUCUGCUCUCCGACAUCGACCACGCCGUGUCGAGAGCGCUGGGAGGGGGGGGGGGAGGGGGGGUCCCCGGGCCGGUGCACCUGAACUUCAUGUUCCGGGAGAACUUGGCUCCUGUGGAAGGGGCAGUCAGGGACGCGGGUGUGCCAGGGCUGUCGUCUGCUUGGUCGGACCGAUGCCUGGACUCGCCGAGAAUGGCACGCUGGGAAGCCGGCAUCGAACCGUUCACCACAACCGCCGGUGGAGGAGGCGGUUUGGGAAGAAGAGGGGAGGGGCUGCAGCAGGUUGUGGACCGCCUGCUGUGUGCAAGGCGGGGUAUUUUGAUCGUGGGUAGCUUGAUCGGGCCGGAGGAACGGGCGGACGUGCGACACCUGGCUGUGACGCUUCGCUGGCCUGUUUAUGCGGACGUGACAUCGGGGCUGAGGUGCUGGAGUGCGGAGAUGGGCUUGGGCGUUGGUCGCCUCGACCAGCUACUCCAGGACGAUGCUGUCAAGGAAGCCAUUGCACCGGACGCUGUGUUGCAGGUGGGAUCGCCGCUGACAUCGAAGCGCGUCCAGAAGUUCAUCUCCGAGCCUGCCGCCACCCUCACCGCACCCGUGAGCGUCAUCUGCAGCCCUCUCGUCGCUUGGCACGACCCCGGGAGGGGGUUCACCACCAGGCUGGCGUCUUCCACGAGGGAUCUCGCGGCGGCGGUAGACGCAGGAGUAUCCUCCUCGGGCGUCGCGAUCGGCGGGAGCGAGCUGCUUGCCCUGGUGGACGUGUCCAACGCGGUAGAGAGGGCGCAGACCAGAGCGAUAGCCUGCGCGGCCGCCGGUCCUAUCGAAGAUGAGGCAGGGUCGUCUUCGCUGUCACGACAACCGUCAUCGCCGCCGCGUGUUGCGAAGGGCGUGGCUGCAGGCGGAGGAGAGGGCUCCGAAGGCGGUGACUGCUACGAUGGUGUCAACGACACCAGCGAGGGAGGAAGGAGACCGCCGGCACAACAGCACCAGCAGCACCAGCAGCACCAGCGACAACAGCGGCAGCAACAGCCGCAACCCCUGACGGAGCCCUUCGUGGCCUGGUGCGUGUCCCGCCACAUCGACCCCGCCGCGGGGCUGUUCCUGUCGGCGAGCAUGCCGUGCCGAGACGUCGAAGUUUUCGCGGACAGCGGGCUGGGCGACCUCGAUGGCAGGGGGGAGGAGGACAGGGGAAGCGGAGGCAGGAGGCUGAGCGACGUGGCGUCCAACCGCGGCGCUAGCGGGAUCGACGGAGUGUUCAGCUCAGCGAUGGGGUACGCGGCCGGUCUGCGGUCUGCCGCGACCCUGCUGAUCGGGGACAUGGCGACGCUGCACGACCUUGGCUCGCUGCACGCGCUCAAGGGGCUGGACGCGGCUGGGUCUUGUUCGGUGACGAUGGUCUGCGUCAACAAUGGCGGCGGAGGGAUAUUCUCGUUUCUGCCCAUCGCAGACGCUCGGCACGGGGACGCGUUUUCGCCUCUUUUCGACACCCCCCACUCGGUCGACUUCGAGGGCGUGUGCCUCUCGAUGGGGCUGGAGUACCGGAGGGCCACCACGGCGAGGGAGUUCCGGUCGGCGUACCUGGAGUCGCAAGGCGUGCUCGGAGGUGGGGGCGGGGAGGGGGCGGGCACAAGACGACGACGACGACACUUUUUCAUCGAGGCCGUCACCUGUCGGGAGGAAAACCUUCCCGUCCACAGGUCCCUUGGCGGGAUCGGUAGGGCGGCAGCGUUGGACCACCUCUUGAGGGGCGUCAGGCUGGGGUGGGAGUUUACCCCGGCCCCCGUUGCCCGAACGUGGCCUCCGUCUCCCGCGGGGGUUUCCAACGGCUCUUUAGGGCGGGGACGAGGGGGGGGGGACAAGAAGAAGCCCACACUGCUCCUUCUGCACGGCUUCAUGGGUAGCAAGGAAGACUGGAGGGGCGACUUCGCCGAGCUCGCCGCUGCGGAAGGCCACGCCGUCCUCAACGUGGAACUCCCUGGACACGGGGGGGGUAGCGGGGGCGGCAGCAACUCCGACGGCAAGAGCACCACUGCUGCCGCUGGUGGCGGUCAGAGGGGCGACGAUGUACUGCGGACUGUCGGUGGCGAGUGUGACGGGGGUAUCGUGGAGGAGGGAGGGGGGGGGGGAGGGUUUCCAGGGGUACCGAACGGCGAUGUAGCCACCGACGACAACCCGCGAGGAGGAGGAGGAACAGAACGUUCCGGGGAACGGUCUGGUGUGUCGGGGGCAGCGGCGACCACGACGGCACAGAACGGCGGCGGCGGAAAUCUCGUCGGUUCGGCACCAGCGCAACGAGACGAGCAGCCGCGGGGAAGCAGCAGUUGCGCGGCUGGCUGGGAUAACGAGUCCAACGACGAUGGUGUUGUUCCCUCGUGGGGCUUGGGAGGCGUUUUCCUGGCCGCGGAGGCGGUGGGCGCCGUUUGCGAUGCGGUGGGGGCCGGGCCGUACGUGAUGGUGGGGUACUCGAUGGGCGGGAGGGUGGCGCUAGCCUUGGCAGCGAGACGACCGCGGGUGAUGGAGGGAGGGGGGGGGCUGGUGCUGGUGUCGUCGAGCCCGGGCCUGGCAAGCAGUAGCGCGGCCAGGCUGUCGAGGUGGGCCUGCGACCGCGCCCUGGCGUCUCGGAUCGCUGCUCUUGGCCGCCGGCCGACAGCGUCAAGCGUAGCCGGCGUCAACGUCAGGGAGAGACCAGCAGAAGAAGAGGCACGGGCGUUCUUGGAUCGCUGGUACGCUGCGCCGCUGUGGGGGGACGUGCGACACCGACGCCCGUCGGCGUACUCGGCGAUGAUAGACCGUCGCUUGAGCAACCUGGGCUUCGACCCUAGCCACCGUGGCCGCGACGAUAAGCCUGGUGCACCUCGGGAGGUGAUCAAAAGCGACAGCCACGGCGGCAAGAAGGCCAUCUUGAACAACAGCAGCACCGGCCUGCGGCGGGAUUCCGGGCUGGGUAACGGGCGUGGGGAAGGAAACAGCAGCGAGGCCGGACUUCGAACCUGCAGCGGCAGAGGUUUGCGCUCGGAAAGUGGCGAUCGUGACGGGAAGAAGGAUCGAGAGGGAAUAUGCUUGGUUCCGACGGGCCGGGACGGAGGCGCCGGCGGCAGCCGGAGCCUGAAAGCUAGGGAACUCGCACGGAGCUGUCUCGCCCUCAGCGUUGCCCGUCAGGCCAACCUCUGGCCCCUGCUGCGCCAGCUCUCUGACAAAAAGAACACCGACAAGAUGGGGGGAGGGGGAGGUGCCGGCGACAAAAACUCGGUGCUGCCCGUGGUGUACGUGGCCGGAGAGCUGGACCCCCGGUACGGCGGCCGCUGUGGCGCUGUCGGCGGUAGCGGUACCAGCGGUGGUGGUGGUGGCGUUCACGGUGAACCGCAGGUGGGAUCGGCAAACGCAGCCAACGGAACCACACCACCACCGUCGUUCCCCUCGGAACAAGGGGGGGCGGCUGGCGGCGGCGGGUGUGGAGCGGACAUCUCGGGCGUGGUUAAGGGUACCAGCGUUACCGAGGUCGGGCGGGUGGCUGGGGCGGGGGCCGGCUGUGCGGCGCUUGCAUCUGCUGCCGUCGUGCCGGGCGCGAGAACCGUGGCUCAAGCCGUGGAGGAGCUCAGCCUCUGCAAGCUGACAGAGCGGCGAGGAGUUCUUGUUCGGCUGGAGGCGUUGCUCCCGCAGUCGCCGGAGACGGGAGUUGGACGAGAGCAGGAGGAAGGGCGGCGUGUUUGGGGCGUGGGCGAGGUUACACCGCUUCCGGCUGAUGGUGGAAGUGGUAGUGGUGACGGUCGCACACCGAAGGAGGUCGGCCCGCCGCCGCCGCCGUCGGCUGCUGCGGCGGCGGCUGCGGCGGUGACAACGCCACCGGUUGGAUCAUCGGCCACGGCGGCAGCAACAACAACCACGACCUCAGCAACAGCAACAGCGACCCAUCCCGAGGGAUCCUCCGCGGAAACAACGACGGCAACGUCGACCACACGGUCGUCGCCGUCACGCCUGCUGCCGACCGUCCGCUGCGGCAUCGAGAUGGCCGUGGUCCACCUCGUGGCCAGGGCGGCGGGGGUCAGCGUCGGGGCGGCGGUAAGCGCGGCGUCGGGGCUGCCGUGCAGGGGGGCCGUCGAGAUCAACGGCCUGGCGACCCGAGGGGAGGGGGUGGCGACAGGCGGCAGCACGGAGGCCGGCCCCCGCGUGCUCAAGGUCAAGGUGGGCGGCAUUGCUGGCCCUUCCGAAGAUGCCGCAGGCGGCGUGGCGGGGGUUACGGGGGGGGGGGAGGGUGUCGAGGGUGUCGAUCUGAGCUUGGUGGAGUACAUCGAGGAGCCGCUGCGAGAGCCGCGGUCGCUAGGAAAGUUCUGGGAAAGAUCCGGAGGGAUCGUGCCGUAUGCGCUCGACGAGAGCUUGGCGAUGGGGCGGGAGAAGUUCACGGACAAGCUGGAGGGAUGCGCCGCCUUCGUGGUUAAGGUUAGCGUCGUCGGGGGGCUCAGCAGGAGCGCGCGGCUGUGCGGCUUGGCGCGGCGCCUAGGAGCGGAGGCCGUGUUGAGCUCGGCGUUCGAGACGGGCGUCGGCCUCGCCCACGCGUCGAUUCUCGCGUCGUGCUUCACGACCCCGGGCGUCGCCCAUGGCUUGAGUACGUACAGCAGGCUGCAGGGCGACGUGGCGACGCCGGGUUUUGCAUCCACGGUGUCUGGUGGAAAGGUUGACACCCUGGCGUGCGAGGAACUGCUAGACCGUGUCGCUAUGCGGUGGGACGGGGCGGGUGUUUGAAGUGUGGGGGAAGGAGCAGGGGGUCGUCCUCACGAGCAAGCGUAGGUUUCGUAGAUUGGAGCAGUGAUUAAUCACUCAAAUUGUUUAGCUAAGCAACCCUAUCUGUUUUGUGGGAUGUGCGACGUAUGAAGGUAGACGGGUGAACACGCGGCAGUAGCGGGUAAUUUGGUUUACUCGUGGUGAUGAUGUGUGUUUUGUGGCAAAGAAUUACCUCUGUGGACGAGUCAGGCUUCCGAGUUCUUCUGCCUUAUUGGAGGCACGGACCGUUAUCGUAGAUGGUCAUGGAUAUAAAUGUAUCGAUCUGGCGUCGGCGCUUUUGUGAGCGUUUUUUGUCGUGGCCGGUUUCCCCUCGGUCGGACCGAUCUGUUUCCCUUUUGUUGGGUGCGCCCUUUGCCGCCUGUCUUGCUCGUUUUCACGUUCGUUUUCAUGUUUGUCGCGGUGGGGAAGAAGGAGUGCAAUGCAAGUCGAUGUGUUUCAAGGCGAGCGUUCUGUAUCAACGUCGCCGUAACACAAAGUACGGCUGUGGUUGUGGUUGGUUGUUGUUGUUGUUGUUGUUGUUGUUGUUGUUGUUGUCUGGUGUUUUGUAUUUUUCUUCUUGUGUUAUGUGGGGUCCGUUCAGGUGGUCAAAGCAGUGUGUUGUAUCGCGCCCUUUGUUCGCAACGUUUACUCUCCCAUUAAUCUCGUGGGAAACUGCUGAAUGAAAGAGAUUGGACUCGCUCCGGGGGUGCAAAGACUCAUCGGUAUCGGCUCUGGAUUCCUCGUGUGUUUUGGUCGAGUGACUUGAAGCAUUGACGGUUGGAAUCGUUCGGUAUUUUGUUUAGGUUCCCAAGCUAGGAUGGAAAGGACUAACAUCGCUCUC